UGGGUCAGUUCCCUGGCAGUAAUGGAAGGAGCUGCGUGACUUAUACCUGUGGGUAUUUUGGUCUUUAUGGGGCUUUUGUGAAUUACUAGGGAUCUGAUUAUCAACUAAGAGUUGGGUUAAUAUGGGUCUGGAUCAGGUUCGGGCAGAUGUUUGGGUUUUGGUGCACCUCUACUUUUUAGCUGCCACUUUUUUUGGAAAGAGCAUUGCCCUAACCUACUAAUCUGCACCGUAGGGAAAGGCUUUGUACCAUGAUCCCUAUGCCCAGCAGCCAACACGUGGGCCACAGGUUAAUCUCUGUCCUUCAUGAAAAGGUUUGAGAGAUCAAGUCAUUGGCUUCAUACUGUCCCUUGUUCUACAGAAUCUCACAAGUCUCAGUGCAAUGAAUGAGAAGAACCAGACGUGGGUCAGUGAGAUUGUUCUCUUGGGGUUUCAGAAUCUCCACAACUUCAAGGUUCCCCUGUUCUCUCUGUUCCUUCUGAUUUACAUUCUGACAGUUUGGGAGAACGUCCUCAUCAUAGUGUUGGUGGCCUUCAGCCGGAACCUCCACUCCCCCAUGUACUUCUUUCUCCAGCAGCUGUCCCUCUCCGAUCUACUGGAGUCCUCAAAUAUUGUCCCCACCCUGCUCCGGUCUGUAAUAAAUAGAGAGGCCAUCUUGUCCUUUGUUGGCUGUGUCACUCAAUAUUCUCUGUUUUGUGCCCCAGAAGGCUUUGAGUGUUUGCUCCUGGCAGUAAUGGCCUAUGACAGAUAUGUGGCCAUCUGCAUCCCCCUGAGAUACACUUCUAUAAUGUCCCACAGGGUUUGUGUGAAAAUAACAUUAAUGUUGUGGGCUGUUGGCUUUGGCCUUGCAGUGAUUACAGUGAAUCUAAUAGGGACACUACAGUUCUGUGACCAAAAUACCAUUAACCAUUUCUUCUGUGAUUUGUUACCUCUUCUAGAACUUUCCUGCUCAGAUACGUUCUUGGUGCAAUUGGAACUAAUGAUCGUUACUAUCCCAGUGAUUAUUUGCCCCUUUAUACUCAUCAGUGUAUCAUAUAUGUGUAUUGCCCAUGCAAUCCUAAAGAUAGUGUCCCAUACCGGGAGGCAAAAAGCCUUCUCCACCUGCAGCUCCCACUUGGCCGUGGUCUCCAUGUUUUAUGGGACUCUCAUUGCUAUUUAUGUGGUUCCCCCCAGAAACCAAUCACAGACCACAAGUAAAGUUCUCUCUCUGUUACUGACCAUAGUGAUCCCUUUGUUUAACCCAAUCAUUUACAGCCUGAGAAAUAAAGACAUGAAUGGGGCCCUCAUAGGGGACAUGAACCCCUGCUUUGCCCAAUGUUCCCACAGAUAA